CACCAAAGUUCCAAGGUUAUCAUUAAUAUUAUACUACACAAUACCAUUCAAGAAGACAAGACAUCAGUUAUGCCGACGAAACAGGAAUACCAACUUCAUCCCUGGGGCUGGGAGAAUGACCCUGAGGAGGAGAGCAUCAGGCUUUCUACCCUUGAUUACUUAGCUGCAUGCGUAUACAACAACUAUGCACUUUUCUUUAAAUUAGACGAUAGCGCCGACAAGACCAAGAUUGCCGAAGUUAUCAAAGAGGGUCUCGAACGGACUCUCGCUCAGGCCAGGCACCUAGUCGGUACUAUCGAGAAGAAUGAACACGGCGAUCAUUCUUUCGUUAAGAAGAAGGAUAGCACUGUCGGUUUCAUUGUUCAACACAUCGACGGACCUGAGGACGACUUCCCUUCCUUCUCCGAACUCGAAGAGGUCCACUUUGCCUCAUCGAAGAUCGGUGAUAAGAUCCCGACUUUAAGCUGGAACGGCCUCAUUUAUGGAGAAAGACCCGAAUGUCAUCCAGAUGCCAGCCCGUUUGUUUCGGCGUUCCAAGCUAACUUCAUUCCGGGCGGGUUAAUUCUCAACAUGCACUCUCACCAUUACGCCAAUGACGUAAUGGGCUGGGCCAGUGUAGCCCACCAACUCGCUGAUAACUGUGCUGCCAUUGUUAAUAAAACUCCAGCUCCGGGCUGGGAUAUGCAGGCGGUGCGUCAUACACGAUUUAUCGCAAAAGAGGUCCCUGAAGAGUCCAAAAUCGAUGGCCCUCCUGCACCUAGCCGUUACCCUCACCCACCAUCUGCAGCCAUGCUUCUCCACUUGCCGAAGAGCAAAGCGGCAGAGCUCAAGAAGCUCGCUAGCCCCACUGACGGUUCCUGGAUCUCGACUUAUGAUGCUGUUUCGGCUUUCCUAUGGAGAUACCUGUCAAAACAUCGUGCCACCCUCUACAAUGUAGAACCUCACGAGUCGAGCUUGUGGGGUGAGGCCAUCAACAUGCGCAAACGACUAAACCCACUUGAGCCCGAAAGAAUCCAGAGAAAUGUUUUCUUCGCCACAGUAUCGGCGACAGCGCCAACAAGAUGCACUAAUGCGGAGGUGAUUUCGGAGGCGCCCUUGUCAAAGCUUGCUUCGUACAUCCGCGGCUUGACCAAUAACAUGACAGAAGACGCAUUAUGUAAAGUAAUGGAUUCGGUAGCGCCUAUUCGCGACAAGACGUCCCUCUUUAUCCGCGUCGACUCAUUCCCGCCUUUGACGAUUAUCAUGACGGAUUGGCGUGAUACCAAGGUUACCGAAGCCGACUUUGGAUUUGCGCGACCGAAGGCAUUCAGGCACCUUUUCGCGAAUAAGAUAGACGAGGGAUUGGCCAUCAUCUACCCACCACGAUCGACUUCCAAUCCCGACGAAGGAUGCGAGUUCAUGAUUCCGUUUGAGAAGUCACUAGUCACGCAGCUGACUGAAGAUCCCGAGUUCAAGAAGUAUUUUGAACUUAGGGGUUAUGAGACGACGAUGGUGGAAGACGUUCCCGACACCGUGGCGGGAAAAAUCCAAUAAAAGAUUUAAAUUGCAUGAGAUCAUCGACGUCUAUGUGUUGGGAAAGGCUUGCAUGGGAUUGAUUUCAGUGGUGGAUUAGCGUAUGUAGUAUCAAGUAUGAAUAAAUCAAGUUCUUCCGCAUAGCAUAAAAACUAGGUACGCUACGGGCUGCAGGGCUACUAGAUAGUGCCCAGUCGUGACUAAGCCUUGCGAUUCGGGAAUGUCAGUAAUUAUUUCAAACAUCACUUUUGCGGAUGCAUGGCAGCGGCACGGUCGCGAACCGUUCUGGUCCCGAACCCUCGGGCCGUCCCGGCCGAGAACUGUGGACGAUCAGCCGAAGCCCUGGAGUCCAUCGGGUCGAUUAUCGAAAACCAUGGCAUUCGCGUGCAAGAUGCUGCCCAUCAAUAUCCACUGCUAUAUACAGGACGUUGGUAAGGGG